AGGAGUCAAUAUUAUUAAAUAAAAAAAAAUUAACAACUAAAUAAUAAUUACCAAUAUUAAUUAUAUAACAAAUAAAUAAAUAAUUAUUUAAUUAGUUAGCUAGUUACUAUUAUUAAAAUGAAUGAAAAUUUAGAAAAGUAUUCUUAAAACUAUCUUCAUAAUAGAUAGUAGAAUUAAUAUGAUAAUAGCUAUCCUUAAUCUAAUUAAUAAAAUAGGCAGUAUAGUUAACCAAUUGAGUAAUCUCGUCAUCAAAGUAAUAAAGAGUAGUAUGAUAUCAAGUAGGUUUAUGGUAUGCUUUAGUAAAGCUAAGAGCAUAACGAAAAUCUCAAAAAUAUUAUUGACGAUUUAAAAAAAUAACUUCGAGAAUAUAAGCAUAAGUUUGAAUUAUCUAGCAAAGAGAAUGAAUAAUUAAAAUCAUAAUAUAAACUACAGAGUGAGAAAAAUGAAAUUUACUUAAUGAGGAUAAAUACUUUCGAAGAAAGUGAAUAGAAUUUAAAGUAAAAAGUAUCUGAUCUCAGCAGUAAAUAUGAAUACUUGAAAAAUAAAUAUUAGGAACUUUCAAAGAAAUGUAAAUAAUUAGAAAUAUAAAAUUAAGCUUAUCAGUAAUCAAAAAAAGAGAAUGAUUAAACGCUUUACAAACCUGAGAACAGAGUUUAAACAAAUCCUGUUAACGAUGAUUCUCCAAACAACUUUUAAUCUGUUAACUCAGGUGUUAAUUCUAGGUAACAGCUUUCUUAGAUUACUAAGAACAGCUUAAAAAAAAUAAAUUCUAUUGAUUUUAGCAGCCAAGGAGGUAGUAUUUAGGAUAUUGAUAAAUACGCAUUCUAAGUACUUAAAUAAUAGCAUAAUUAGUAAUCUUUGAGUAAUUUAACUCCGUAAAAUUAAAAUACAAAGCAAUUAUAUCCAAGCGAUUAAGUAAAUUAGCAAAAUAAUAUCAGUUCUUAUUAGCAAAUGAGCAGUAAUAAGAUUUCCUAAGAAAAUAGUUCUAAUAAAAUACCUUCUUAAAGUCCAAGGUCGUAUUCUUAAAUAGAAGGUAGUAACUAAAGCAAUAACAUAAAUGGAGUUCAAAUGCUAAAAAAUAAUUAUAUAAAUUAGAUGCAAUCCGCUGCAGUAAAUAAUAAUUAAACACCAAUUAGAAAUAGCACUUCAGUUCCUGCUCUCUUUAGAACAGCUAAAACAGAAUCUUAACAUUCAGAAAAUAUAAGCGAUAUGAAAACAAAUCCAUCCAUUCUUUAAAAAAAAAAUAACGAAAUUUUGCCAAAUAAUUACUAACCAAAUUAAAAAUAAUACUCAGACAAUAAAUAAAUUUAACAGAAGAGUUUACUAUUCCCUUAAUAAAACAGUAGCAGUAAUUACUACUAGGAAGAAGGUUAUGGUUCUUUCAAUAAAUUCCAGAAUUCAAGUACAGUGGCUUUAGAAAACCCAAAUGAAUAAUCUAAAGGAGAAAAUAAUUACAAUAGUAACAUGCAUUAAAAACCUCCAAUAAUAAAAAAGAUGGAUUAAAUUCACAAUUAGUCUCAAUAUGAUUAGCAAAGAUAAAAUGAAAUUUGUGUUGCUUAUGGAAGAAUAAAUUCACACAGAGCAACAUCAGAAAACCAAACUCCAACAAACAGCUCAUACCAAAAUUUAAAUAAUUUCGAGAAUUAUUCUUAACAAACAAAAAAUAUGUAAUAAGCUGCAGCAAUAAAUUAGUUAUCUAACCCUUCUGUAACUUAUUUAGGGGAUCAAAGUACCUUAAGUAAUUCAUAGGGACAAAGUAGCUAAUAAUAUAUGUCUUAAUCAUCAAAAAACACAUAAUUGUAAUAGUAAAAUGCCCUAGCUUCAAGUUAAGGCCACAAUACUAGCAAUAAAAAUUUUCAAUAGAAUAAUUUAAGCAUUGGUUAAUAUUAUCCUACAAAUCCUUCUUCUUAUGACAUAACUUAUAGUGAAAGUAAUUUAAGCAGUAAUUAGAACUAUUAAACGGGAAAUAAAGACAUGUAUUCUUCAUUGAAUAAUAGAAAUUAGCAAAAUUAAAGUUAAUUAAAUGAUGCUCAUAUGUACAGUACAAAUCCUGUUCAUACUUCAGAUUAUAGUUCUACAAAUCACCAAUUAAAUAAAAAUGUGCAAAUUUCUUCAUUUAAUAAAAAUGCCCUGUAAAACAAUUCUUCUUCAAAACAACAAUCUAGUGGCUUAAAAACUCAAUCUGUAACAGAUUUUAAUCAUCAAAUUCCAAAGUACGCAUCUGGGGAUUAUGAAAAAUCUAAUCCCUAAUCAGAAACUAAAAUUGAUAGUGAAAUUCAUACUCCUCAAAAACCAAAUAUUUUUUAAAGCAAAAGUGUUUUUAACAAUAAUUAAAUAAAUUUAUAAACAUUUCAAGCUGCUAACGUUAAUCACAGUAGUGUAAUGAAAGAAAAUGAUUUUGCAGAGCACCUUAUAAGCAACGAAGGAAUACAAGUUAAGAAAAGAAGUUAAGUUUUACAUGCAUCAAGAAGAGAUCCAAACACAAAUAGCUAAUAUUCUCCAACUUCUUCAAGCCAUUAAAAGCUAUCAUAAUAUGAAGAUAAAUAACUUAUGAAAGCAUUAUUUGGAACAGAAAAUUCUGUUCAGACUAAAGAGUCUGGAAUUCCUUUGAAUUACACUAAAAAUUCAGAUAAGAUGUUUGAGAUUAGUUAGAGAGUUGAAAACGAAUAUGACUUGAACAAAUAAAAUGACAGGAUAGUUCCUUCUCUUAACCCUAGCUUUCCUUAAAAUAAUAAUAGCUUAAGUAACAGCAGUAACAAUUCUUAUAACUAAUCGCAGUUUGAAAAAAGAUCACAAUCUAUUAAAAAUAUACCAUCAAAUUAAGUCAUUGAUAAUGAUAGUAUGGCUAACUUAGAUAGUGCAAGUGAUAACCGCUAAAAACUAAGAACUUCAGAAAGAAAUAAUAACAAUUUAAAAACAAUUUAGAUUUAACCAUUUGGGUAGGGAUCAACAAACUUAAAUACUAAGCCUUAUAAAAUGGCUAAAUUAAUAGAAAAUUUUAUUGUGAUAUCUGCAAACUCUGAAAAGACUAAAUAAUUAUCAAAGCAGAAUGUAUUUAACGUUGAUUAGGAAAUAAUAUUUAGAGCAGCUGAACCAAAAAAUGACAUGGAGAACGAAUAACUCAAAGUUGUAUCAAAAUUCUGCUUCCCUUAAGGAGUAGAGGUGCAUAAGUAUAAAAGAGAAAAUUUUAGCUCUGAUAUUUUAAAGAUGAUAAAUACUCAUAAGGAGCUUUAAUCUAAAGAAUAUUUUGUUUUCCCUAUUAAAUCUGCUGAAUCAUUUGAAAAGAAAGUUAGUAAUCAAAUAUAAACAUUAGAUUAUAAAGAAGGAAUUGACGAAGUUAUGAACCCAAACAAAUUUUUAUACUGUGUUUGUGUGAUUACUAGAGAUUAUAUUGAUCCAAUUAGUUCUUAACAAAGAAUGUUUAAGAGUGAAAAUAAUACCUAAGCUUAGCACUACUAUCAAGUUUCAAGCAUAUACUGCAUAAUUACAAAAUACCCCUUCUUCAACUUCUUUUUCGAUUUGAUUUUACAAUUUAUAAAUAAAAUGAACAUAAAUAAAAAAAAUUAUAUCACAGACUUCUAACCAAAAAACCUAUUACCUUCAGCUUUAGAUUUUUAACAAAUUGAUCUAUCAUCUUUCAAAAAACACAUAAACUAAGGAGUUUUGAAAGUAAUUUAGUCUUGCAUAAAAGGUGAAAUAGGAAUUGACUUCAAUAUUGUACAUAAGUUUAGUGUUGGGUAAGAGUUACUAUCACUUACUGUACCUUAAAGAGAUAGCUGCUAUCUUUUAGAAGCUAGGUGGGGAGUGAUGCAAACACUAACUAUAAUGAAUGUCUAUGAAUUCUUAUAUAUUUUAUUUUCUUUAUUGUUAGAAGAAAGCUUAGUUUUUCUUUCAAAAAAUCCUUCUACUCUUUCAUAAACAAUGAUGAUGUUUAUGUCUGCAUUAAAACCAUUUAAAUGGCCCCAUCCUUUUGUAAUGUUUUUAUCUAAUGAUCUAAUGCAUAUGUUUGAUUCACCAUUCCCUCUAGUAAUUGGAAUAAAUAAAUCAUAUGACUUUAUAAAAGACAAUAAACUUUAUAAAACACAUCCUCAUUGUAUAUUUGUUAACCUAGAUGAAUUUGGUAUAAGUGAGAAGAAGGAGUCUAUUUAUUAAAGCAGCACUUAUACAUCCUUAACAUAAAAAAUAAAAGGUGAUUAUGAACAGCUUAAACAAUUAUUUAAUAAAAAAGAUGCUUAUAAUGAUUUCUCAUAGCAGUUAUUUGAUAUAAGUAAUACAAUUUAUGAUAAAAUCAGAAAAUUCUUUAAAGAUACUCUAAAUAAAAUUUUGCCUGCUAAGCCAAUACUUGAUUAAAAAAAUAAUCUGGACUAUGACCAAAUGAAGAUUAUAAUAUAAAAAAAUUCUAUUUAAGGAGAUUAAUUCAUAGAAAAAUUCGUUUAAUCUCAGAUUUUUAGCUAUUAUUUAGAAGAACACUACAAUAUUUGA